CGUGGAACGCAUGAGAGAGGGCGGAAGUGUUCGCUUUGUGUUUUGAGGAGGGAGUGUGUAAAGAAAAAGGUUCCCGAGAGCUAUGGAAUUCAGAAUUGAACAUGAAUGGGACAGUUCUCCUGUCACACACGACCCAGUGACCAUCUGCCUGAAGCCUGCAAAAGAAGGGUUGCUGAUAGCUGUGAAUGCCCCAUUCUUUAAUGAUCCUCCUGCACCACCUGGUCCCUCAGGGGAGGCUUUUCCAGGACUUUGGGACUAUGAAGUGGUAGAAGCUUUUUUCCUAAACGAUGAAAAGAAGCAGUAUCUAGAAGUCGAGCUUUGUCCGCAUGGGCACCAUUUGGUGUUGCUGCUUUCAAGACGCAGAAAUAUUUGGAAGGAUUGUCUUCCUUUAUCUGUACAAGUGUCCAGGACAGACUCAAGAUGGAACGGCACUGCUCUUAUCCCGUGGGAUUAUUUCCCUCCUUCAGUAGACAAAUUCAAUGCAUACGCAAUUCAUGGUUCGGGGUCAGAGAGACGGUAUGAAGCACUUUAUCCUGUUCCUACAAAUGAAGUACAAGCUGGACAACAACCUGACUUUCAUCGUUUGGAGUACUUCAGGCCUUUUAACUUCAGUGCAUUGAUGGGUGAAAAGUGGGAACAACCUGAAUCCAGCCUCUGGAAAACGUAGCGUGUCUUAAGAUCUGCAGUUAUGCUUUAAAUGAAUGAUAAUUAUUUUAAUCAGGUUCUUUUUCAAUAUCGGUGCAGAAAUUCACACGAGCAUAUCACAGUUCUUUUUAUUACAAGCUGUGAGAGCUCUGUAUAAAGUUUUACUACAGCUGGGAGGAUCACCUUACUUUGAAUUUGAUUUUUUGUUUUAUAAUAAAUUUGAAGCUGUGGUUAACUUUCUUUUGUGAAAUGUGGUGCUAAAAUGGUCAUUAAAAUAGGGAUCGUUGGUAAGG